GUAGGGCGUUCUUGCACUUCUCAUCGGUGAAUCACGAAACCCAAUUAUUUAUUAUUGUUUAAUUUAGGAUUUAGGUUAUUUCAGUCAUUAUUGUUAUUCAAAUUAAAUGCGCAGAUUUCAACUGAGUUUGCUUUCAAACUGCUACGGUCUAAAAGCAAAAGGUUAGAAAGAAACCCUUUCUUUAUUCGUUAUAAUUCAAUUAAGCAUGAUGGCCUUGACUCUAGAAGAACAUAAAUCUUUGAUUUUGCCUCUGCACUUUUGAAAUUUGCCUACCAAAACAAUAAUUCAUAAAAAAAAAAAGCAAAAGGGUAAAGUAUGCAAUAUAUCAGUACUAUAUGUAACACAAACGAAGUUUUUGUCUCUUGAAGGAGGAAUAUAAUGUCAUUACUACUUCCAAGUUCCAAGGGCUUGGUGGGGCCUAAGCAACAAAAUGAGCCUUUCUUCAAUUUCCUCUUCUUAGCAACUUUGAUUUCUCUUAAAUUUGAAGUAUUUAGCUUACAAAUUUACAAUAUGCGAUUAAUGCACUGUUUGGACUGCUUCCUAAGUGUCUAAGAACACUUAUUUUUGUACAUAAAACACUUAGAAAACUAAUCCAAAUAAGCCUAAAUGUAUCAGAUUACACAGAGUUUCAUGAAUGAUGUACUAAAAAGUAAGGAUUAAAAGCUGCAUACAAUUUACUUAAAUCAAUUAAGAGUUGUAUUGUUAAAUUUUAUAUUAAAUCUAGAAUAUUGAACCUUACGUCAUAGCAUGAAAAAUGUGGAUUUAUGGUUUCUGUGGUUUAUAUUGCUCGGAGAAAAGCAAAAACAUCUCCAAUCGUUUGCUUUGUAGAGUCUGAUUCAGCAACAAAGAUAGUAGCCAAGUUGGAUAAGUACUUUCCGCUAAAGUUGUUAAUGAAGUCAUUAGGUGCGGUGCACAAAUAGGUAUCUACUCCCACAUUCCUAGUUAUUAAAUUGCGUUAAUGGUUCAUAGACGGCUAUUUCUUUAGCUUUUCUCUGCAUGGCAUGAACUCCUUUUACUUCUUUAUUAUACAUAUUCAAUGAAACAAUUCAUAUUCUUCUGCCUCCCCCGUUAAAUAAAGUUGAUAUAUUGAUAGAAAGGCAUGUGAUGGCAACCCAUUAUUAUUGGAAAUAAAUAAAGAAUGAUGAGCCUUGAGUGCUGGUUUCUCUUCACCUGAGAGGAUUGAAGUCAAACUUGGGAGUAUUGUAAAUUAUUUGCCAAUAUAUAUUAUAUAUAUAUAUAUAUAUAUAUAUAUAUAUAUAUUCUUGUUGAAGUGCUGAGCCAUGAAAGUGUGAUAUGCAUCACAUUACCACUUAGCUCUAACAAAAUAGUGAAGUCGUACCAAACUCAACCCAAAAACGAUAAUUUGAGUGGUUGAGCCACUAAUCCUAUUAAACAUGCUGAACAUUAUCACUCUUGUUAACAACUCCUAACUUUCUUUUUAUGUAUAUAAAUAGGUGUCCUUCAACACUGAUAGUUAUACUAAACUUGCAAUAUUCAUUUCUAGUUUUCUACUGCUUUCUCAAUUAAAGCUAUUAAAGACAUGAAGGAUAACUCCUCCAAAUAUGUUGUUUUCUUGGUUAUAAGCUUCUUUUUCUUGAAUCAUCUCCUUGUAUCCUCACAACUUGAUUAUAGGUUCUAUGAUGCCUCUUGUCCCAAUCUAACAAGGAUUGUCAGAUAUGGCGUCUGGAUGGCAGUUUCUAAUGAUACUAGGAUGGCUGCUUCUCUCUUACGACUUCAUUUUCAUGACUGCUUUGUCAACGGCUGUGAUGGAUCAUUGUUGCUUGACGACACUAACACAUUUAAGGGGGAGAAAAAUGCAUUGCCGAAUGUGAACUCAGUUCGAGGCUAUGAAGUUAUUGAUAAUAUAAAGGCUGUCUUAGAGAAAGUCUGCCCAUGUGUUGUCUCAUGUACUGAUAUAGUAACUCUAGCAGCUAGAGAAGCUGUCUACCUGGCUGGGGGACCAUUUUGGCAAAUUCCACUUGGUCGUCGAGACGGCACGACAGCAAGCGAGAGUGAAGCCAAUCAGCUGCCAUCACCACUGGAGCCAUUGGAGAAUAUCAUUGCGAAAUUCACUUCGAAAGGCCUCAAUGUGAAGGAUCUUGUUGCUCUCUCAGGGGGACACACUUUCGGAUUUGCUCGGUGUAUGAUGUUCAAGCAUAGGCUGUUCAACUUUGACGGCGCUGGAAAUCCCGAUCCAGAACUCGAUGUCAUGCUGCGACAGAAUUUAGAGAACAACUGUCCAAAUCAAGAUGACUCCAACAACAAUUUCGCCCCCUUAGAUGCAUACACGAUCAACCGGUUCGACAAUGUGUAUUAUAGGAACUUGGUGAACAAGUUGGGACUUCUGCAGUCAGACCAAGCUCUCAUGAAAGACAAUACAACUGCUUCUUUGGUGGUGAACUACAGCAGGUAUCCAUAUCUGUUUUACAGGGAUUUUGGAGCAUCAAUGGUGAAGCUGGCCAAUACUGGGAUCCUUACAGGCCAAAAAGGGGAGAUUAGGAAGAAUUGCAGGAUGGUGAACUAGAAUAUGACAUCACUUUGUAAAUUAAACCAACUUGAACGAUAAUAAAUUGGCAGUUGGCAUGUGUUA